AUGGGCAGCGAAAUGGAGAAAGGGAGAGAGGAAGAGGACGAUAUAGUUUGCUUAGAUGAGUCCUUCUUCGUCAACGAUGAUUAUCAGUUGACGACCUUUACGUUUGGAUCCAACGUCCUUGAGCUCUACUGUCUCCAAUCAGCUUCAACUGAUUUUGAUUUAACUGGGCAACUCGUUUGGCCUGGUGCUAUGCUUAUGAACGGUUAUCUCUCCGAAAACGCUGACAUUCUCCAGGGAUGUUCAGUUUUGGAGUUUGGAUCUGGAGUUGGUAUAACAGGAGUCCUCUGUAGCAAAUUUUGCCGUAAAGUUGUUUUUACUGACCACAACGAUGAAGUUCUCAAGAUACUGAAGAAAAACAUCGAGCUUCAUGAACAUUCAAGCGGUCCAAACCCCUCAGCUGAAUUACAGGCUGCAAAGCUAGAAUGGGGAAACAGUGAUCAUCUUGGUGAAAUUUUACAGAAACACAGUGAUGGCUUUGAUCUUAUUCUUGGAGCUGAUAUCUAUAUCCUUAUGUUCCGUUAACUGUUUAUCCUCUGUUUGUUUUGGUUUUGGUUCAAUUCAUAAACCAAAUUGAGCACUCC